CGGGCGGGCCAUGGCGGAGCGGUGGCGGGACGUGUGCGGGGUGCGCAUCGCCCCCGCCGAGCUGCGCUUCUGCGACACGGCCCCGGGGAGCUGCUACCGCGCUGCGCUCACCGUGCAGAACCUGCGGGCCGGCACCUGCCACCUGCGGCUGCUGCCGCCACGCCAGCCCCAGUUUAAAUUGAUUGUGGAAACUCCAGAAACCCCCAUUGCUUCUGGACUUCAAGUUAAAGCUGUUGUGGAAUAUACUCCCAAGCGUGCAGAAGAUCUUCAGGAUAAACUAACUCUUUUAAUAGAUGAUGAUGUAGUUCAUAUCCCUCUGCUUGGAUUAAUUCCAUACUGUGAUCUGGAAAUAGAGUCAGAAGUUAAUUUUGGUGAAAUGAUUGCAAACAGUAAACUAGUUUCUAAAGAGAUUAGUAUUACUAACCAUGGAACAACUGCAGGUGUAUUUAGAGUAUCGUAUAAUGGGGUUGUCCUGCUUAACAUAAAACCUGCUAGAGGAGUGGUAAAGCCAAAAUCUGUAAGGAAAAUUAAAGUGGAUAUCUGCACAGAUGUACCUGGAGUCAUCGAAGAAAUGAUGAAAGUGGAGUUGGAAAGUCGUGGCUGCGCUGAAGUAUGGGUCAAAGGUGUUGUGGUUGAACAAGUUCUGAAAGUUCUUGGAGUGUCCUGUGGAAAAGUACUGAAAUGCAUUAACUUUGGACCUCUUUACUUUGGGACUUCAAAGACAGAAAAAAUACAUUUAUACAAUGAAAGCCCUCAACGGAUGGAUUGGGUAGCAGUACUGGAUGACAAUGCCAUUGGGGGAGAGAUGGGGACAGAUCUUCAGGGGAGUACAGAUGCUGUUUUACAUGACUUAAGCCUGAAAAAUAAAGAUGUAGAUGUUUCCACCUUGGUCUUGUGUGUUCCCAAUCAAGGAACUUUGCAGCCUUAUGAGAAAUCUUUGAUUACAGUCUGCUUUAGUCCAGAAAAAUUUGAAAGAGACUUUGAAGUGAAUGAAGCAUCGCUGGUUCAAGAUUAUGUCCUGUUUCUCAGAUUUGAAACUGUUGGGGAGAGAGGUGUCUCUCUGCAGGACCUCAGUGGUGGUGCCACAGCAACCAGAAGGAGACAUUCUCGUCACGUGGACUUAGCUUUGAUGGGUUCUGGAUUUCCUGUUAUAUUAACUUUUAAGCCAGGAACAGUAAUUAAUUUUGAGGACUGCUACUUGGGUGAGCAAACACAAGUUGAGUGUACAAUGAAAAAUGAGUCUGAGUUCCUUCCAGUAACGUUCAGAUUCCGCAAGACUGCUCACUUCAAUGUUUCUCCUAAAAGAGGAAUGCUUAAAACAAAAUCUGAAAAGGAAGUGAUGAUUUCAUUUUCUCCACAUCAGAUAGGAACAUUUGAGAUGAAGCAAAUUAUUGAUAUCAUCGGUACAGGUGUAGAUAAAAAUAAUGUAGAUGUUUUGAAGAUGAAAUCCUUUCAUCAAAUAUAUUUGACCUUACAUGGUGUGUGCAAAUCUAAACGAACAAGCGUUGUAUUCACAAUUAAUCCUGGUCUAACCCCCUUGAUUUCCAAUGCAACUGGACAGUUUGUAGCUCGUGGCACAGGACAGCUCAGUGACACAGCACCUGUGGCAGUCCUUAAAUCAGCCCAAACACAAAUUCAUACUCACCGGAAAAACAGGAAUUGUGAGAGUGAUGCACUUAUAGCUUUUCCUAAUGAUCGUGCAGCCAGCCUUAGGCCUACUGAGUGGAAUCAAAAGUACAGGACUAUUUUCACAAAGACUGAGAGAUAUAAUUACAUAGAUCCAGAAUUUGCUUAUACUGACUCUGAACAACUGUUAAGAAAAGCAAAUAGGCAACGCUUUAUAGACUUCAUUUCCAGUUUAAGACAGCGUCGUGUAGAGAAAGAGGCUGCUAGGCAGUUUUAUAUUUAUAACAAUCCUGUGAACAUAGGCAUUAAACCAGGUGGAGGUCUUAAGCCACCACACAUCUCAGUCGCAGAUCUUCCCAAGAAGAUGCCAGAGCCCAAAAUGCUUCCUUCAGAUGACAAUUGCAUGUUAACAAGUCGAAAAUUGGCAGCAAUUGUUUCUAAAUCUACAAACAAAGGAGUUUGGAGCUGGCUUAGUCCUAUGCCAUUUUCUGCCCAGGAGAAGGCAGAUUGUAGACUGACUUUGACACACAAACAGCUUCAUCAGAUAUUCAUUGGUCCUUCCACUAUAGAUUUUGGUGAUGUUUGUGUGUAUUCUACAACAACCAGAGAACUGCACAUCAUCAAUAAUUUGUCAGUUCAUAUUUGGAUUCAAAUUGAAGUUGAAGUUCCAGAAUUGCAGGAGACAUCUCCAUUGUCUCAAGUGGUGCCUCCUCUUACAAAAACUCAUAUUCCAGUUGUGUUUGAGACAACCACUGCUGGAAUGUUUAAAAGCUCUUUCAGUUACAAAAUAAACAAGCAACACAUUGGACAUGUGCUGGUAGUUGCACGUGCAAUGCCUAUUGAGCUUCAGCUCUCCACAAGGGAACUGAUUUUGACUCCUGUUUCUGGCUGCCUAGCAGGAUCAGAGUUUAGAGGAACUGUCAGGGUAUGCAAUCCCAGAAACCAUCCUGCUGGCUUUGCUUGGAAACCUGUAACUGGAGAUAGAAAAUCUCCAUUUACUAUAAAGCCAACCAGAGGGUCUGUGGAGCCCUACAGUGAUGUGGAGUGUGAAGUAGUUUGGCACCCAGGGUUCAGCACUCCAGAAACAGGACAAUUCAUCUUGUAUGUGCGCCAAGGAAAUUCAGUUAACUUGAAAUGUUCUGCAAAGUUUGGUACUACUAAAGUUCAGUUUUUGGCUCCAAGUAUAUCCUUCGUUCAUAGUCCAAUUGGUUUCACUACUUGUAAGACAGCGAGUAUUCUAAACACAGGAUACAACCAUGGAUACUUCCAAGUUCAUGACACAAACCCUCUGCCUGGAAUGAAAAUCACCCCCUCUGAAGGAGUCAUACCCGUGGGAGGCGCUGCUGAUCUCAAAAUCUCUUUCACUCCAAAGGCAUACAUGAGUUUUGAUAAAAAAGUGGAGGUAGCAGUGAGGAAUGCAGCAGAACUCACACUUAAGAUCGGUGGAUUUUCAGAGGUCACUGAAAUAGGCAUUGAUGUGGGAGUAUUUGAAUAUCAUUGUGUUUAUCUUGGUGCUACAAAAUCAAUUCCAUUUUUGCUGCAGAACAAAGGAGACUCAUAUACCAGAGUGGAGUUUGAUUUUUCUAAAUAUAGGGAUUUUAAAUUGAAAGUUGAAGACAAAUCAGUGAUUGACCGUUCUCGUUCAAAGCCUUAUUUCUAUUCAUUUGACUUAAAGGAAGGGUCAUCUUUGCAAUGCUUCUUGGUCUUCACGCCAAAAAAGGUGGCAUUGUAUGACUUCAUGCUCCCAAUUGCUACUCCUGGGGCCACUUGCCCACCUCCAGUUGAGGCCGCGCCUCCGAAGAACGGCACGCCCGCGGUCCAGCCACCCCCGGAGGUCCAUCCUCUUCCACAGUGCAGAGUCACAGCUUGUGUAUUUCCACCUCUAGUGGAGUUCUCUUCAAUGGAAUUUAAAUUUGAACAACAUUCGAGUAACAUGCCUUCCAGUACUGCUGAUGGGAGUAUGAAUUCUCAGAACCUUGUCCUGAAGACUCUCUCAAGAGAGAUUGUGAGAUGGAAAUUGAAUUUUGAUGGUGUAGACAAAAAUAUAGAAGAUGGUAUUUUCAGAUUUAGUCUGAAAUGUGGAUGCCUUCAUGAAGGAGAAGUCAGUAUUGCUGUGUCCUUCUGCCCUCCUUGUCCUGGGACAUUUACAUCUGAAAUAUCCUUGUGUCUAAAUAAUAAUCCAUCACAAUAUAUACUAACAUUGUCUGGCACGCUGACGUCACCAAAAAUGGAUUUUCAUCCCCCCUUUUUAAUGCUGAUGCCAGUUCCUCUGGGUGUGGAAACUGAGGCAGUAUUCACCAUCAUUCCAAAGGAUUUUAUAAGGCAAUCACGAUUUACAGUUAAACUUCCUCAGCUUGAACUUCCAGAUGGUACCAAGACUUGCCCUUUUUCUGUGCAGUUCCCAGAGGGCCAAGAUAUUAUUCUUUCAUCAGAUGGCACAAUCAGUGAGCUGACUUGCCGGAUCAAAUUCAGAUCAGCUAAGCCAGUGUCAUUCUUAGGGGAAAUGAUCUUCAUUGAUCACGAAGAAAACAGGUUCUCGUUUCGGGUUGCUGGAACAGCAGACAAUUGUCUUCUAACCUUAUACCCGUACUUGGCAUUGCACUACUCUGGUCAAAAAAUUAUCUGGAGAAGCAACAAUAAAGACUUCAGCACUGGAGAAAUUGUUCUACAGCCGUGUUUAACACCAUCAUCUUCACAUAGUUAUUCCACAAGUUCUUUAGGUGUAGCUGACGACUCAGUCUUUGAAUAUUCUACAUCAGGGAGUGUCACUUAUGAAAGUGGGAGCGAUGAAUGUGGAAGUGAAGAGAAUGAAACAGCAAGUGAAAAGAGUGGAACUGACAGUCAAAGUGAUGAUGGGAAAGGAGAUAAACGUGUAUUAUCAUUUUUUCCUGAUGAAGAUAAAGAUGAGUACACCUUCUUUCAAAGGACCCUGAGUGCUGUGAAGAGUUGGUUCACACUCUUUGGCUGGUCUAAGGGACAAAAUCCCAUUUCAGUACCUGAUUCACUGAGACGUGAUGUGUGUAUAGUCCAGCUAACUAUUGAACAGGAAAAGAAUUUUAAACGAAAUGUUGACAAAGAUAAGGGUUUUUAUGAGAUGAUAGUGCAUCUGAAUGGAGAACCAAUACCAGGCAUUGCAGCGAGCCAGUCAUUGCCCUCUGAUCCAGUGGAAAGAAUGUUCCAGCUGUACUGGCAGCAUUCUGAAUUGCUUUCCUUCCUUAAAAGUCAAGGAGCAUAUCUUUCUCACAUUAUGCCAGAAUUUCUGCUUGCACCUGAAGAUUAUGAGAUAUGGACUGAAGUGAAUACUGGAUUGAGGUGUUUCACACCUGAAGUGAGGAGAGGCAGCAUGAGAAGCUCAGGCAAAUUAAGUGACACGCCUAUUUUCGUUCUGGAGCACACAACGUUUGAGACCAUGAGCAAACGAGCUUGGACAGAUGUGCUGGUGCAGAUAUACAAGGUGUUUGUUCUUCCACGCGUUUCUUCCCGUGUUAUCCCUGACCCAUCGAGCUUGGAAAGCUUGCAGAACAUGCCAGGAAUAAAAUCAGAACCUUUAAGCAGUAAUGUAUAUUCUCGAUAUGAGCGAGCUGUCCUCGUGUGGUUGAACAAAAAUUAUGAGAAAAAUCGAAAAAUUGUGUGGAAAGAUAGUCAAAGAGGUGGAGUACCACCCACAAGGUGGAUAGUGAAUUUUGACCAAGAUCUUCUCGAUGGUCUGGUAUUGGCAACACAGAUAGCAUCUUAUUGUCCAUAUUUGAUUCCCACUCACUUCAUAAAGAUGUAUACUAAACCAAGAACUCAUGAACAAUUUUUGCACAACUCCUUGACACUUGUGAAGGCUCUGCAUGCUAUCAGUCUAGAUAUAGAUGUAAAGGCCAUGGAUAUCUGUAAUGCAAACCCUGUUGUGAUGCUUAUUUUGUGUGUCCACCUGUAUGACACUCUCCCUCACUACAUACCCAAGGGCACUAUAGAAUUUACAGGUCCUCUCCAUGCAACUAUUGUGAAGCAGGUGCGCAUGAAAAACCCGAGCAAUAAGACUUUGGCGUACAACGCUGUUCUCGUGGGAAGAGAUGCUGCUGAUUUCUCUUUUCCUAAAGGAAACACUGUUAGCAUUUCCCCUUUGAGACAAGGUUUUAUAACUGUGGAAUUCACAAUUCAUUUCCUGCAUCCUGCUGAAGCAGUAUUGAUACUGAGCUCAAAUAAAGUUGAUGCAGUAGAUGGUGCCACAAUGACAUUCUCUCUGAAAUCUGAAGUUAAGAAUAUAGAGCCUCUUGGUAUUAUAAAGUGCAGAUCUCCAUGUUAUGAGCUGAAGAAGUUUAACCUAAGUGUUACUAAUCCCUUCAAAACUGAUGGCCUAUUCAGGGUAAUUUUGGUGGAAUCCACACAGUAUUUAGUGCAUUCAGAGAAAGUGUGUCAAGCCAAGCAAGUACAGCAAGAGCAAAAGUUCAGUUCUGAAAACGUAUUAAAUUCACAAGAUGGUGCACUGCCUGAAGAUUCAAAGAAAGAGACUGAUUCUCAUCAAUCUAUCCUCCUGCAUGAGUUCUUCAGUCCAAUAGAAAACCUGUUCUUGAAAGGGAAAGGUUCUGCAUCCUUAGAUAUCCACUUCCUUCCCUUUCAUCAGGAAAAGCGUUACUGCACUGUCCUUCUGGGUAAUGAAAAGAUUGGAGACUUUGUGUACCUGAUCGAGGGAACGGGUGAUUUACCUCUGACCACAGAACUGCCUGCCUUGGAUAGUCCAAAUGUUUUGAGUGCUACCUAUACCUCAGAAGAUGCAAGCACAGUACGGCCAGUUCUAUAUUUGAAAUGUGGCCUUGGCCAGACUCUGAAGGAAAAUCUGAGGAUUCCAGUGAUCAAUGAGGCCAGAGAGAGGGCCCUGGCUCUUGCUGCCCAGCAGCAGAUGUCAGCUCUUGAGUAUGAGAGGAGACUGAUGACCGGCACUCUGCACAGCAGCAGCGUUCGAGUUGCAAUUGCAUUGCUGGGCCUCUCCAGGGUAGAGAGACGUGCACUCCUGAAACCUCGUAAGCACCCCUCAGAGCUGAAGUAUGUGCACUACAGUGUGGAAGUGAGCAUGAAACAUGUCUUUCAAGUUCCUAAAAGGUUCUCUAUUCCAGUGUUAGCUUCAACCAGAGUUAAUUUGGAUGCUUCACCAGACCAGUAUUCUACACCUCAGAAAACAGGUGGAACUGAAACAGUUGAGUUCCCUAUAAAAUUCAGUUCUAAGUAUCCUGGUUGCUUCCACUGUCAGAUUGUUCUGAGGUCAUCCUGUGAUAUUCGUGUCUAUGAGGUUGAAUGUGUGGUGAAUGCACACCAGGCUGAUGCACAGCUCGAAUUUGUCACUCCAGCUUACCAGGCAGUGACUCAGGAAAUUCCAAUUAGUAACAUAUCCAAUGAGGACUGGAGGUUUGAAGCAGUUUUGGAAGGACGGUGUUUUUAUGGCCCUCCAGUAAUAGAUGUGCCUGUAGGUCAAACAGUUCAAUAUCCUCUCACAUUCAAGCCAGUUGCUGAGAGUGUAAUAAUGGGAAGGCUUAUUCUGAGAAAUGUUACAGCUAGAACUCAGAACAUCUUUAGUCUAAAGGGAAUAGGGAAGAAACCUCUGCCUCAGGAUUCCAUUGUGGUAGAGUGCCAAGUGGGAAAGGUCACUCAUAAAAUCUUAUGGGUGCACAAUUAUACCAAGAAGAUGUUAAACUACAAGGUGUAUUCCAAUCUCUCAAUGCUGAGUGGUGCCCCUGAUCUGGAUGUCAACCCAGAGGACACUGCUGCUUACACUUUGACUAUAUCUCCCUGCAGACGAGGAGUCUUUCAAGGUGUAAUUUCAUUUGUUGCUGACUAUGAAGACGUGCAGCAGCCCCAGGGCAGCAGCUCCCCACGGAAGAGGCGUUUCAAGCAGCUCGUCAGGAAACUGCCGCGGCGGACGGCAGCACCUCGGCGUGCAGACAGCAUUGAAGGAAGUUCUACAAGUUGCAAAGUGUGGUUCUCCUUGACGAUUUACAGCACACCUGCAGCAGCAGAAAGGACAAUAGAUGUGGACUGUAAAGUUCUGGAAACUGUUGGGAUUAAUAUUCCCAUCACUAAUCCUACCAAUAAAUUUCUCAAGAUGACUGUACUGCUGGACCAUCCAUCCCUUUCUGGAGAAAAAUCUUUCAUUCUCAAGCCCAAACAAACAUAUUCAUAUCAUGUACAGUUUACUGCAGCUGCUCUUGGCUCUUUUGCUAGCAGUGUCAUGUUCAGGUCAGACAUGGUUGGGGAAUUCUGGUAUGCCCUGAAGUUCAAUGUCGAGAAGCCAUCGCCAACCACGCUGCCUGACAUAAGAUGUGAGCUGGGAAAAUGGGCUCCUAUAAACAUCCCUCUUGCCAAUCCUACUAAUGAAACUCUGGUGCUACGAAUGGUUAACAGCAAUCCCAGCAAUUUUAUAGUUGAGACUGACCCAAGCCAAACUCUGACUAUUCCUCCUCAUUCCACCACUCAGCUGCCCGUGAGAUUCUGUCCCUCUGCCCUUGGGAAACGCAAUCACAAGGCGAAAAUAACCUUCCAAUGCCCAAAGUUUGGAGAUAGGGUAUUUAACCUGACGGGAUCUGGAGUUCCUCCUGAGCAGAAUGAAACAACCACCAUAAGUGCCUGCAUUGGGGAGUACUCCUCUAUCGUCAUCUCCUUCGAAAAUCCAACUACUGAAUAUGUGGUGGCAGAUAUCAAGCUGGCAGAUCAGGAGCUGUUGAAUCAGGAUCUGAGUGAAUCUGUCCUGGCCCAGGCCACCUGUAAGGAAUCUGUUUUUCAACUUCUGGUUAAACAGCUGCAAGGAAUCCGAUUAGCACCAAAAGAAAAACUGGAAGUCCCUCUGUUAUUCAGGCCAGCUGAAAUGAAAAUUUAUAAAGCAGUGGUGUUUAUUCAUAUAACGAGGGGAAAUGGUGAAACCUGGCCUUAUAAGGUUACUGCUGGAUCAAAUACAGACUUAAAGAGAAAUGUUACUGUAGCAGAGAAUGGGGAAACUCGGGGAAUAGUCUGGGUCUAUCCAAUUAAUGGAACUCCUGAAGCGCCACAGCAGAAAUCAGUUGUGCUACGCUGUCAAGCCAGGCAGAGGCUGGAGCAGAGAGUGGAGCUGCUGCUGAUUGGUGUGAUAAUGCCUGGUGCCACUGCCCUGCCCCAUGCAGGGAACUCUGCCAAGCUCGGUGCGGAUGAGUCGUCCAACACCCCAGAAGUCACUGAUGGUUCCUCUGCAACACUGGAGUUUCUGUAUGAAUUGCAAUAUCAAUCAGAUGAAAUUAGAUCUCAGCUUGAGUCUUUGGUUGGUAUACAGCUGCUUGAAAAGGAAUGGGAUACAGAAUCCAGAAUUGUAACGCUUAUCUUUAAUGUGGUGUUUGCACCUAGCAAACCAAUGAGGAAUGAGGCAACUAUUGUAGUUCAGUGUACUGCAGGAGGCCUGUGGAAGUUUCCACUGGUGCUCAUUGCCACGGAGGCAGAAGUGGAUGAUGUGAUCAACAUUGAAGCUGUUGGCCUGAAUAAGGAAUCCACAGUUGGCUUUAACCUCACAAGCCAGACAAGGUUCCCAGAGCCGUUCACGGCGCACUUUGUGGCGGGCAGCGAUCCCGAUUUCCUGGUGAUGCCCCAGGCUGGAGAACUGCUGCCAGCAGGCACGGAGGGAACCCAUAUAAGCGUGGGGUACAAGCCCAGGAUGUAUGGCAGGAAGCAGACAGCAACACUGGUCAUCGAGACACAAUCAAUGCAGUGGACAUAUGUAAUCAAUGGGCUUCCUCCUCAGACUGUACCACCUACAGUGGCAGCAAAAGUCGUUUGCACCAGCAGCUACACAGGAUCCUCCACAGCCCAACAGCGCAAUUUUGUACGAGAAAAUCUGAAACUUAUAACCACUGGAGCAUCCUCUCCAAUCAAAGGAGCACCUUUGGUCCUUAGGAAAAAAUAGAGAAAUUUAUAAUCUGUUAAUUUUUUGGGUUGAGAGAACAAAUAAAUUCUGCAGAUUAAAAAAAAUAUGGUUUGUUAAAUUUUUUUUAAGCAGGUAUGGUAUGCACAGAUUGUAUGUUCUGUGUGGAAAACUCAGAGUGUCUGAGCCCUAGUAAUAUUCCUGUUCUUCUAUAAGGGAUUUUGGAUACCUAACAAUUGAUUUAUGUCAUAACGAUGUCAGCAAGUUCAGAGAAAGAACUUUGAGUUUAAAAAAAAAUAUGUCUGAAGAUUGGGUAACUCAAAUUAAUGCUUUGCUGUCUAAAGGAUGUUGGUUUAAUAAGACUGUAAUAGGAAAUUUCAGUGAACAUUCUGUGUGAUGUUCAGCACAUUACACCCAUGCAAACCAAGCAGGUAAAAACAAUCCCUAUUGUCUUCCACAAGAAAAUCCUUACCUUUUCUUGCCUUGGCAAAUUUCAUUAAUUAGGACAUCUUUGUUGUGUAUAAAAUAACCAUCUUGUUUUAUUCAUCCCAUACCAUUUCAAGUCUUUGAUAAUUAUACAUAACACAGAAGUGAAAUAAAAUGUCCUGCUGCAGUAAUUUUAUGUCAGGUAUAUUUUAUACAGUGCUUUAGAUUAUUAACAUACAGAAGGCUAUGAGAAGUCAGUGAGGAAUGAAGACAGAUUUUCCUUUUUUUCUUAGAAUAAACAAAUCAGAGGUGCUAUCUCUAGUGUGUUUCUAUUUUAAUUCUUUAGAUGGGAAUUCAGGCUUUCUCUGCUCUUGGUAUAAUGGGGAAAAUGAGAUCUAUGCAGACAUUCUUUUUAAGAUCAUUGGAUGGGUAACUCCUGACUCCUUUCUUCACUGAGAUUGUUUUUCCUGAUUUUACUAACUGAACAUAAAUUGUAUUUGUGCCUUUAUUUGGAUGGCAAAAUGUACUUUGACAAAAAGAUGGCUUGGCACAGAUAAAGUGCCUCCUUGGCUCCAGUACAGAACGAGCAUCCCUGCUCAGGAAUGGAGAGCCUGAGAACAACCUAUGUAGGUCAGGGCAAAUGAGCACCAAUAAAACCCUUUUACUGCAAUGGGCUUGAGGAUUUUGUUUAUGCCACACAUUUUUAGAGGAGCUAUUACAGAAAAUGUUUGGGACACAUAAAACAGCAAUGGUGCUGUUUAAUACCUCCUUCUAAAUGCAGGGUGUCCCAUUUUGGUCAGAAACCAGGUAAUCUGAAGUGAAAAUAAAAUCAGCUUUAUAAAUUCAGUGCACAACUCUGGAAAGAUCCUGUCCAUACUGAUACCUCUGGAAGACAUUGAGAAAGAAGCUGUUGUAAUAUUUAUCUUAAAUGCUGCUGAGACCACAAAAGCAGCUGGAUUUCAUAAGAAGGCUCUAUCUGCAUAAAUAAAUGAAGCAAGUGUUUCUCUGACCAUAACAAAUCAGAAUUUAUGGAUCAGCAGUGGUUUCACAACUAAUGAUCGAUGUUCUGGAAAUAUUUUAUUGACAUCUUUUUGUAAAAGAUUUUUUAUCCUUAUUUAACUCCUUUAAAGUUAUGCUUUCCUAUUUUAAGUGGCACUUUUUUGCAAGAUGCACAAAAUUUUGUAAUUCUCCCAGAAAUGGAUUAGCAGGUGGUUUAGAGGUGAAUCACUUAAAAAUUACAUGGUGCUCACUCCAGAAAUUUUAUGCCCAAUUUACUUGCCUGCACUUGCAAAUUUUGUCAUACAUCUAAACAUUUUAAACAUCCAUGGGAAAAUUUGCAAUAUAAUAGUACCAGGGGGGUGUUUUCAAAGGAACCAUUUAUAUUAUCUAUUUUAAAAGGGAUGAAUGCAUAAUCUGUGCUUACAGGACAAAAUUACAUGUUUUUUUUUCAAUGUGUGCAAGGUCAGUUCUGAGCUGUGCAAGAUAUGCCAUUGUCAGCUGAAUUUGGACCUAAUAUUGAAAAUGUAUUUUUUUAAUUUUUUAUAGUUUAAGACAGAACUAAGCAUAUUUCUUCUAAUAUUGAGAAUAUAAUUGCAAAGGUGAUUUAAAAAAAGACCACUUCAGCUGUGUGGGUGUAGCAUACAGUGUUUUACAUAAUAUCUGCAUGCAUUUAUGGAUUACAAUGACUAUAUAGACUAUUAAAAAUAAAUUCAUUUUUACUUCUUAGCUUGCUAUUUUUCACUUCCAUCACAGAGAUGACAGCAUUAUUUGUAAUGCAAGGAAUAAUUCCAAGUAUAUCACUUAAAAUACAGUUUCUAAGCAGCAGCACUGGAAGAUUUCCAGAAUGAUAACUUGUAUUCAUUAUUUGCUUCCUCCUCUUUACUAUAAUUACUGAGCCAUUUUGAAAAUAUUAGUGUUUCAAAUCCUCGAAGGAAAGGUCUGGCAUAGGAGAAGAUUACAAAAUUCUGGGGUUUUUUACUUAAAUAUUUCACUUCAAAGCUUUUGGACCCACCAUUAAAUGUGAGCUUCAGAAGAGCUGGGCAAGAUGCUCACCAUCACUCUGCACCCUAAAAAUGUAAUCUGCAGAGGAAUGCAGCUGCUGGAGAUGGAGCUAAACACCAUUGCUGCAGUCAGGGCUCAGGUCUGGAAAAAAAGCAGCCCAAAUAAUUUAGCUUUGAAUUAAUUCUAAAUUACUGUUCAUUAUCAUAAUCUUAAAAGGCAAUGAGAAAGAAUGAACACAGCCUCGAGUUAUGGCUUUUGAAGAUGCCCUUACAUUUUUUUCUGUGCUCUCGUGCCACAUCAGUAACCAGUAGGAAACAGCCACUGUCAGUAACCAGUAGGAAAAAAACCCCAAAACUUUGUUUCUCCACAUUAGAAUACCCAUCAGGAUCCUUUUCUUCUGAA